UAUCUGUGCUCAACUAAAAAGCAAAAUAAUAGAAAAUAUAUAUUUAAUUGUUAUAUAUAACAAUAAUAAUAAAAGAAGAAACCAAACUAUACUCCGCCCUUAUGACGAAAUAUAGUGUUAAUUUAAUUCCACCAAAUUUGCGAAAAAAUGAAACGAUUAUUCAGAUUGCCGAUUCCUUGGAUCAUCUUUCUAAGGUACUUGACGAUGUAAUGUUGCAUAUAGAGAAAAGAGUGGAUAACUAUAAUAACAAAUUAGAAAAAGUUUCAAAUAGAUUACACAAUGUGGAGAGCAAAAUUGGCCAGUUGAAACAUACUAAAAAUGCUAUACAAGUAUUUUCUAGCAGCAAACAUCCAGCGAAUGAUAUAAAAAGGAAUUAUACAUCGAUAUUUCCAACUGAUACAGAAAUACCUCUUAUAAGACAUGAAGUGAGUCAAAAAUAUCCCUUGAAAAAAGAUGAGCCGAUUGAUAAGUUACAUAUAUAUCAUGUUAAGUUGAGUAAGAUAGAACCAGAGAAAAUAGAAGGUCUUGGACAAGUUCCAAAUGAUGCAAAUUGUAUUAGUGAUUUAAUUCUGUAUAAUUCUGGUAGAAAUCCUUAUAAGGAAUUCUCCAUAUCUAGGUCUGUACCGUUACAUCAUGCUUCAGUGAAACCAGAAAAUAGCAAAGUUCAGAUAGGAAAUGCUCCUGCCUCUAUUGCUGAAAGAUCUUUUUCAAAUUUAGCUAAUCAAGAAUACUUUUACUCUCCAGAUUUGGGUGAUGUACCUGCUUUGGAUGUUCCAUUAGAUCUUCCUGAUUUGCCUGGCAUUGCUGGUAAUGUCAGAUAUGAAGAGGAUAACAAUCUGGUUAUUGCACCUUCUGUUGCCUUCUCUCCAACACUGAGAAGUAGUCCAUUGGAUCAAAAAAUCUUAUGUGAUAAUUUAGAAGACUUACCAGAGAUAACAUUGCAAUUACCUCAAGAAAUUGAUGAAUUACAAUCGGCUAUUGAAAAUAUUGAUGUCACUGAACAAGCAAUAAUUGAACCAGAUGAAAUAAAAAAUGAACAGCCUUCUAAUAAAAUUAUCAUUGAAAAAAAUAAAUUUGAUAAACCUUCAAAAUUGCCCGAAGUUCCUGAUACAAGGGCUUCUUUGAUGGAAGCUAUCCGAAAAGCUGGUGGCACUAAAAUUUUGAAAUCAGCUGAUAUCAAACCAGCAUCAAUUAAAAGUGAAACUUCAACUGGUGAUUUGAUGGCGGACUUGCAUGCUAAACUAUCAAUGAGAAGGAAAGGCAUAUCAGGAGCAAAGAAAGACCUUGAAAACUCCGAAUUAGAUUCCAGAACAGCCUUGAGUUUAAUGUCUGCUUUGAUUCCACCCCCAGAAGAGUCCAAUGAUGAAACAGACCAAGAAGAUUGGGAAUGAAUUUUAAUGGUAUCACAUACAUAGUGAAUUUCUCUCAUUGUUUCAUAUAUUCAGACACUAUACUAUAUUUAAACUUGUUGAUUAUAAUUUAGCCAUUCUAUGGUCAAGAUUUAUUCAUAUUUU